UGGCGAGCACGCAGGGGGAAAAGAGCCGUGAGAUGAGCAGACUCUGUCACAGAAACACACAGGUGGAUAUGGAUCAUCUGGAAGCACGAAAUCCGCUCUGAAUCCAAUUUGAGUUCACGUGAGACUCCUCUGUGCUCCCUUUAAAAGCGGGCUGGCCAGGGAAGAUCUUUUUUUGGAGCAAUGGGUGCACUACAGUCCUUACCUGGACGGCCAGAAUAUAGUGAUCUGGCGGAAAAGACGGGCUUUUCAUUUGAACAGAUUGGAGUUCUGCAUAAAAGAUUUAAGCAGCUGAGUCACAAUGAAGAGACUCUACGGAGAGAUCAUUUCAAUGAAAUCCACGACCUAGCAUUCAAUCCCAUCCGCACACAGAUCAUAGAGGCGUUUUUUGACAGAAGAAACUUCCAUCAGGAUGGCGAGGGAAAAGUUCAGGAGAUUGGCUUUGAAGAGUUCGUGGUGGUCAUGUCCCAUUUUAGGCCGCCAUCGGUGCACAUGACAGAAGAGCAGCGUGAGAAGACCAGGAGAGAGAAACUGAGAUUUUUAUUCAACAUGCACGAUACAGACAACGAUGGGACAAUAACUCUAGAGGAAUACAGACAUGUGGUGGAGGAACUGUUAUCUCGGAGUGGGACACUGGAAAAGGAAACAGCCAAAUGCAUUGCUGAUGCAGCCAUGUUGGAGGUGGCCAGUAUUUCAGUGGGUCACAUGGAGCCUGAUGAAUUCUAUGAGGGCAUCACAUUUGAGCACUUCCUCAAGUUGCUGGACGGAUUUGAAAUUGAAUCGAGAAUGACCAUUCGCUUUUUGAAUAUGGACACAACAACCUUGUGUAAGUGAGGUCGGUAUGCUGAACUUUGAGGUGCAAAAUCAUGUUUUCACUGUAUUGUCUGUUUAAGUUUAUUGCUUGCACUGAAUAUAUGCCUUAUUCAUGUUUGAAUAACUAUGCAAAUCCUAAGACUAUAUAUAUAUAUAUAUAUAUAUAUAUAUA